UGUACAUCAUAUUGUUAGAUUAGAGGGAAAUGACUCGUCGCCUUCGUCAACACAGAAUAUAUAAAUCUCAAAAUUCUAUAAUUCGAUAUUUUUUCCCAGAAUCAACCAGAUCUGCUUUCGAAGACGAAUCUAGCUAUUAGCCAUGGACAAACCGUACGGAUACGCGAGCGUGAGCAUGAGCGGCAUAGAUCGUUCCGCCGGAAAGGAUAUUGAUCUUGAGAUGGGAGUCGGAGAAGCGACGCUUUAUCCUGGGCUAAGUUACGGCGAGAAUCAGCUCCGAUGGGGAUUUAUUCGUAAGGUCUAUGGGAUUCUCUCAGCUCAGCUUCUUCUUACGACGCUUAUCUCCGCCGUCGUUGUUCUUAAUCCUCCUGUUAACGAUCUCUUGACCGGAUCUCCUGGGAUUCUUCUCUUCCUCUGCAUCGUUCCCUUCAUCUUAAUCUGGCCUCUGCACAUUUACCACCAGAAGCAUCCUGUUAACCUGAUCCUCCUUGCCCUCUUCACUGUUUCAUUGAGUUUCACUGUUGGUGUCAGUUGUGCUAUGACAGAAGGACGAAUUGUGCUACAAGCCUUGAUAUUGACUCUGUCUGUGGUCGGAUCUCUAACCGCAUACACUUUCUGGGCUGCAAAGAAGGGAAAAGACUUCAGCUUCCUUGGACCCAUUCUCUUCACCAGCCUCAUCAUUCUUGUAGUGACCAGCUUCAUCCAGAUGUUCUUCCCUCUUGGCCCGACUUCUGUUGCCGUAUACGGAGGAUUCAGUGCCUUGGUAUUCUGCGGAUACAUAGUCUAUGAUACCGACAACCUCAUCAAGCGUUUCACAUAUGACGAAUACAUCCUAGCAUCAGUAGCUCUCUACUUGGACAUCCUCAAUCUCUUCUUGACCAUAUUGCGUAUACUGAGGCAAGGCGACAACUGAAAGGCAUAAAACGAUGCUUCAGUGAUGUGAUCCAGUUUAUAACUAUAAGAGAAUCCAAAAGCCUUUAUGUGUGUAUAUCUGAUUUCUGUUUGGAGAAUUAAGUAUAUGAUGCUAUGUGGUUAAACGAUUGAUAUAAACAAAAUCAAGCAAUGUCGAUUUUCAACUUCAAAUAAAUUUGUUAAUUUUGGCGGAAUUUUGAUGCCUUUUGUCGUAUCCAUUUCGAUAUUCUGAUUGCUUAAGAGCAAAAGCAAACAUUGAUACCAAACGUUUGAAGAUUUAUUUACCAUCAUCGAUAAAUUGUUUUU